AUGAACAUUGUUUCAAAUCAUAUUCAAAAACUUCUUUUCAUUAUUUUGAUUCUUUUUGUAGUUAUUGAAAAAGGUGAAGGAAAAAGUUCUGUAUAUCGUUUUUGUCUUCAUGAUAAUAUAUAUGCAUUUAUAAAUACACGAAGUAAAUUAUUUCAUAAUUCAACAGCUAAUAAAUCCGAUUCUAUACUAUCAACACACACAAUUGUUCGUUUAAUUGAAAAUAUUCAUGAUUUAAAUGGUAAUGCACCAGCACGUUUAAUGAAAUCUAUUAUUUCAUCAAAUCGUGAUUUGCAACGAAAUAAACAACAACAACAACAACAAUCAUCAAAUAAAACAAUGACAGCAUCACCAACAACACCAAUCGGUACACAAUUUGCUUUAACUAUGUUAGGAGCAAAUCAACAUGCAUCAAGUUCUUUACAACAGCAUGUAUCUAGUACAUUAGGUACACUAAUACAAGUACAAAAUUCAUUAUCAACAUCAACAAUUAAUAGCCCGAAUGAGAAAAUUCAAUCCCAACAACAGCAUCCGCCAACACCAUCACCUUCACCAAUACAAAAUCGAUUAAAUCCUCAAAAAUCAUCUACGCUUGAAAAUGUUACUUCAUCAGAUACCGUUGAAUUUGGUAGUAAACGAACAUCAUUUAGUCCUUCAUUAGGCUCUGUACAUUCCAAUCAUGGUAGUCUCUCAUCACCUGUUAAUACAUUUGAUAUAUUUUUUUCUUCGCCAACAUCAGUACCAACAAAUUCGAAUGAUUUAAAUUCAUUUUUAUUAUCACCAACAAAUCCAAAAACUUCAUCACCUUUUUUUUCUAAUAAUGAUAUAUAUACAACAUCAUCAAGUCCAAAAUCACAUUUAGCAUCACCAUCAACGCAAAAUUUAUCACGUGGUUCAACACGUUUAAGACAAUUAUUAACAAAUAAAUCUCCACCAACAAAUGAAAAUCCAUCACAAACAUUACAUUAUCUUCCUGAUGCUAAACUUGAAGAUUUUAUACAAGGACCAGAAAGUCCAACAACAACACAUGUAUCACCAUUAACAACAGAAUUAUCAUCAUCAUCAACAACAGCAACAGCAAAACGUCGACGAAAAAAUAGUUCGACUUUAAAUGAACAAAAUAAUUCAACUGAUGUAUUACUUAAAAAAAUUUUAGGAAGACAAAAUUCAUUUUCAACAUCACCUAUUAAAACAGAAUCAAAUCAUAGUGAUGAUAGUUCAUCAAGUGGACAAACAACAAAUAAACAACGUAGCGAUAUUUUUCUUCGAACAUUACUUAAAGAUGAAGUACGUCCACAAAAAGUUGUUGUCGAGACACCAUUUGCAAUAGGUGCACGGCAAGUAACACAUCAAUAUUCAACAAAUAAUACAAAUGUAUUAGUUGAAAAUAAUAAAACCAAAAAUAAUAAUGUUAAUAAUACACGUUUAACGUUAAAAACUCAAUUAUCAGAUAUAUCUGAUGUUAAAACAAAGAAAAAACCACGACAAAAUUCAACUAAUUUUUCUAAUCAAAAUAAUCCCAUGCCAAGAAAACCUGGUAGACCAAAACGAAAUCCAACAGAAUAUCUUUUAACAACAACUCAUAUUCAAACACCACAAUCAACAUUAUCAGAUGGAUCUCUUGAUAGUCUAUUAGAUUCAUCAGCAAAUCUUGAUCAACCAAUAACACCAAGAUCACCUAAUUUAAAUCGUCGUACAACAAGACAAACAUCAAAUAUAACAACAAUGAAUUUAAAACGUUCAUCUGAUAAUGAUGAACAUUUACAAGUGCCAAGAAAAUGUCCGAAAUUAUUAACAGAAGCACUUCAAAAAGAUUUAAAAAUUGAAUGUCAAGAUAUUUCACCAUCAACGGCAAUUGCCGCUACGAAAUUACUUAGUCAGUCAUCUCAAUCAAUAAUUAAAAGUGAGCCUCAACAAUAUGAACAUAAUCUAAAUUCACCAUUAUCACAAACUCAAAUAUGUCGAACAAUGCUAUCUAAUAAUAUAAAUUCAUCAUCAACAUCUAAUACACAAUCAUCAUUAUUACGUACAUCAAUUCGUACAUCACAACCUCCAUCAAUAAUAACAAAAAAAGAUGGACCUUUGUAUGAUUUAUUAGAACAUUUUGACACAACAACAACAUUAUCAAAUGAUAAUUCAUUUUUUUCCGGUCAAUCAUCAAUGAAUAAUUCAUUUGAUCCAUUUGAACAAUAUUUAUCACCUGUUUUAUCUCAACCAUCAAUAACAAAUAAUAAUAAUAAUAAUAAUUCAUCUAAAGAUGAUUAUUUGACAGAAUUAUUAAAUUCUGAUCCUCAAAAACCUAAUGAAAUAUCAUUUAUACCAACAAAUAAACAACAAACAAUAAAUGAUAAUAAUCGUAUAACAGCUAUAGCUAAUGAAUUACUUAAUUCAACAACACUGGGAAAUAAUUCAAAUGAUGAUUUUCUAUCAUUAUUAGAAAAUAAAGAUUUUCUUGAAUGUUUAAAUGAUUCAACAGCAAUUGAUUCAAUAUUAUCACAAAAUUCAUCAAGUCUUAUUGAACAAUCAUGUCCAACAGCAACAACAAUAACUAAGCGUAGUGAAAAAGAUGAAAAAGCUAUUAGUGAAAUUUAUAAAACACUUGUUACUUCAUUUAAUCCCGGUUCAUCACAACAAUCAUCAUCAUCAUCAUCAUCUAUGGAUCCUUUAUCUGUUGAUAAUAAUUCUUCUUCUAAUUCUAUUACCGGUGACUUUCUUUUUACUGAAAAUACGAAUCCAAUCCCAUCAAAUCGAACAGUUAAUCAUGAUCCAUUAACAUCAAUUUAUUGUCAAUCAUCUGUUCCACCACCUUCAUCAACAUUUCCAUAUUCAAUAAAUAAUACUCAAUUUACUGAUUGUCUUUCAAUGGAUCUACUUGAUAAUAGUGGUUCAUUUCCUCCAAAUGUAACAUUAUCACCUAUGACUAAUUCUUAUUCAUCACAACCAACACCAACCCUUAUGAAUACAAAUUCAAUGAUGAUGUAUCCUCAACAACCAGAUGCACAUAUUCAACAUCGACAAACACCAAAUCAUCUUUAUCGUCAAACGCCACAACAACAACAGCAACAACAACAGCAACAACAACUGCAACAACAACAACAACAACAACAACAAUCAAUGUAUAAUAAUUAUAUUCAACCAUCACCAUCAAAUCAAGUUCCUGCUGGUUAUUAUUCAAUGCCACUACCAUCAGCAAGUCAACAACAACAACAACAACAACAACGAAUAUCAUCUGCUAAUCAUCAUCAUCCAGCAUCAAUAGCAAAAAGACAAACACUAAUGCAACAACAACAACAACAACAAAGAGCUUCAGCGCAUCAACAACAAGUUCAGUUCCAUAUGUCUAUGAAUGUUACUUUACCACAUAUGAUUACAAAUCAACAACAACAACAACAACAACAACAAAUAACACAUCGACCCAUGAUGAAUCCAUAUAAUGAUUUAAUCAUGCCAAAUAGCAAUAUUCCACCAUUACAACAAGAUUAUCAUCAAUAUUCAAAUAAUAAUCCAUUUGAUCUUCCCUAUAACUCUGAUCAUUUUAUGUCACAAUCAUCAAAUAUGGGACAACAAUCCAUGCAAAAUCGUCAUAUGAAUGUCAUUCAACAUCAACAACCUCUGCCACCACCCCCAUCAUCUCUGCCUCCUUCACAUCCGCAAGCUGCAAUGCAUCAGCAAUAUUCUAAUAUGAGUGUAGCUCUUUCGGCAACUAUACAACAAAAUUCACAUAAUUCAAAUAAUCUCAUGAAUCCAUCGAUAUCUAAUUUAACGCCUGCUGAAUGUCGUCAAUCAGAAGAACUCAAUAAUCAGAUGAUGAACUGUUUGAGUUUUCAACCUGUUCGAUCAACUAGUGAAUUUGUACGUAAACAAUUACAAAAUACAAUACAAGGACGACAAAAACCGGCUGGUGGAAAAGAUUUAUCUGGAGCAACAGGACACAAUUCAUUAUCAGCAAAUCUUGAUUGCAAUCAAAAAGGAGCAUUUUUUCGAACUCACUUAUCUUCUCAAAUGCCAACUACUCCAUUACAAACAACAGUAAGACCACAACAACAAGACAAACCAACAUGA